AUGUCCUACAAGAGGAGCUCCCUCGCAGGUAAAGCCUAUGUCGCUUCACUGGUCAAUUACCUGGACCGAGACAUCGAUGCUACAGUAUCUGCUCCUGAGCGACCUCAACUCUCCGAGACUGCCAUCGUUCCAGAUGGCUCGGUUAAUCACAAACAGUAUUUUGCGUAUUCCAAGGGCGCCUAUCGGUAUCUAGGUGCCCAAUCACUCCUGCUAGAUCUUGAUGCCCUGGACGACUGGGUAGAGAGAGCUCAGACAAAUUCGGCUCUCGAUUUCCCCUUCCACACCAACAUGGAUUGUGCAGUGAUAAGCCCUGAUCUACAUCGAUAUCUCAGCAGACAUUUCACUGAUUCCGUUCAAAAGAUGUAUCCCAUUUUGAAUCCUUCAUAUCGCUGGCUAACUUCGGACGACGUGGUGGAUUUACAUUCCGCCCCAAACGAAGCCUUCCUCCAGCAAAUGGUCUAUGCCAUUUCGUGCCGCAGUAACCAGAACGACACUCUCUUCUUCCACCCUCUCGCAACAGUCGCUCACUCGAAAGCUCUGCAGUACUUCGAAAAGGCGACAGCUGACUCGUCCAUCUCGACUCUUCAGGUGGCAGUUCUACUGGUCUUGUACUCUCUUUUUGACCCUUUGAGUGGAAACUUGAGCCAGCAGGUGGGAUUUGCAGCAAGGCUUGCGAUUGAAUUGACGGGAUCUGAACCUGACGAAUCAUCACCAAUGCUUUCGACUCUCAUUAAGGUAACUUAUUGUCUGGAAAACCAGGCUUGUGGCUUUCUAGAUCGGCCAGCAUCAAUGCAAGAGCCCGGGACACCAUUGACAUUAUCGGUGACGGACCCUCUGGAUUUCCUAUGUACCUUGUAUCGAAUACAAGCUCGUACCCGAGCGGGCCUCUUAGAUGAUAAUCUACGCAACACUCUUUUGCUGCUCGAUGACGAUGCACUCGAGCGCCUUCAUCCGAACCUUCUUUCAACUUUGCGGGAGACACAGUUCAUGUUGCAUCCAACAGCGCUAGCGGCAACCGAAUUAACUACUGUGUAUUUGAAUGACAGGUACAUUCCCACAGUUUUGACUCCACAUUGGGUCUUCAAAGCUGCUUCCGUAAUCGUUGAAGCCGUACCAGCUACGCAAGAUGCGUCUCAAUCAAGAUUGUUGCAGAAUUAUGGUCAUGCUACCGCACUUCUGGGCAAAUGGUCAGCAAGAUGGGAUGCGGCAAGGGUGCUGCUGCAGUGUCUGCAGUUGAAAGUGAAGGGUGGAAUGUAA